AUGAUGCGGCAGCGGACUGGGCAGAGGCACGUCAAGGCAAAUGUUCAUGCUCGAGAUGCCAAAUUAUGUACAGCUUUGCAUUAUUCCGCACAUGAUGGCAACGCUGAGGCAGCCAAAGUCCUGCUGCAAGCCGGUUCCAGUGCCUUUGCGCGCAACUGCAGUGCCACUCCUCGAGAUGUGGCUCUUUUGAGUGGACUCCCAGAGUGCAAAGUGGCUUUGAAUCUUAAGAUCGUUCUGCGAUGUUUUCAUCAAGGAAACAUGCAGACUCAUGCAGGCCAGCUGAAGAAGACUGGCGUGAAUCAGCAUACUGGGUUUGCACCUUCAGCAACAGCCAGUGGCACGUACCGGAAGAGCUUGGAAAUGGACAUGUGGUGGAGGAUUCUUCUUUCUAUUUGGCACUAA